CGGCAAUCUGGCCUGGCCCACAGACUCACAGCCUAGGAGGAGGAGAGGACAAGAGGAGGAGGGGUCAGCUUUUCUCAGCUGGUGAGGAUUCCUCUGCUCCGUGGCAGUGCAGAAGAGGAGACAAGGGACUGUGCAGUGGGCUAGUCGCUAGGGCUGGGGAUGCCUGAGCAGAUGUGCAAGCAGCUGGAAAGGUGGCACAGCCCUUGGGUCGCCGCCGCCGCCGCCGCCGCCGCCGAAGCUGUGGCUGUUCCUAGGAGACAGAGAAGCCAGCCUGCGGGGGAGGGGGAGCGAGUGGGUUGCUGCUUUUAGCAGCUGAAAGGGCUGCAGGGAGCUCUGGGUAAGACAUUUUCUACCACGGUCGCUUCUGCGGUGGAAGCUGCCGUGAGUAAGUCAGAGGAAGGAGGCUUGGGAGGGAGGAGGUCUCAGCUGCAGCCAUGCUGAAUCACUGUUGCUGAUCAGAAACCCUCGCGGCGCUGCUGGGAGAACCCGGAGAGCAGCGCUAGUUCCCCGGGUGCAUGCACAGUUUGGUGGAUACUGACCCUGCCGGGCCUCCCGCAAUGGAGGGCGAAAGCGUCAAGCCAAGCCCUCCUCCACCCACGGUGCAGGCCGAGGAAGCCGAGAAGAACCAGAAGACCAUCACGGUCAACCCUGCGCACAUGGGGAAGGCCUUCAAGGUCAUGAAUGAGCUCCGAAGUAAGCGGCUGCUGUGUGACGUGAUGAUUGUGGCAGAAGAUGUGGAGGUAGAAGCCCACCGUGUGGUCCUGGCGGCCUGCAGCCCUUACUUCUGUGCCAUGUUCACAGGUGACAUGUCUGAGAGUAAAGCCAAGAAGAUUGAAAUCAAGGACGUGGAUGGGCAGACGGUCAGGAAGCUGAUUGACUACAUCUACACUGCAGAGAUCGAGGUGACGGAAGAGAACGUGCAGGUCCUGCUUCCAGCAGCCAGCUUGCUGCAGCUCAUGGACGUUCGGCAGAACUGCUGCGACUUUCUGCAGUCUCAGCUGCAUCCCACCAAUUGCCUGGGCAUCCGCGCGUUCGCAGAUGUACACACCUGCACGGACCUCCUGCAGCAGGCUAACGCCUAUGCAGAGCAGCACUUCCCAGAGGUGAUGCUGGGAGAAGAGUUUCUGAGCCUGAGUCUGGACCAGGUGUGCAGCUUGAUAUCCAGCGACAAGCUGACCGUCUCCUCCGAAGAGAAGGUGUUUGAAGCUGUGAUUUCAUGGAUCAAUUAUGAGAAGGAGACUCGCUUAGACCAUAUGGCGAAGCUGAUGGAGCAUGUCCGGCUCCCUCUCCUACCAAGAGAUUAUCUAGUCCAGACAGUCGAGGAAGAGGCUUUGAUAAAGAAUAACAACACCUGUAAGGACUUCCUCAUUGAGGCCAUGAAGUACCACCUACUACCCCUUGACCAGAGGCUCUUGAUCAAGAACCCCAGGACCAAGCCCCGGACUCCAGUCAGCCUGCCCAAGGUCAUGAUUGUGGUUGGUGGCCAGGCUCCUAAGGCGAUCCGCAGUGUGGAGUGCUAUGAUUUUGAGGAGGGCCGCUGGGACCAGAUAGCUGAGCUCCCCUCCAGGAGGUGCCGAGCAGGUGUGGUGUUCAUGGCUGGCCAUGUGUAUGCCGUGGGUGGGUUUAACGGUUCUCUGCGGGUGCGGACAGUGGACGUGUACGACAGCGUGAAGGACCAGUGGACAUCCAUUGCCAGCAUGCAGGAGCGCCGGAGCACGCUGGGUGCGGCCGUGCUCAAUGACCUUCUCUACGCAGUUGGGGGCUUUGACGGCAGUACCGGACUGGCAUCGGUAGAAGCCUACAGCUACAAGACCAAUGAGUGGUUCUUCGUGGCCCCCAUGAACACUCGGCGGAGCAGCGUGGGCGUGGGUGUCGUGGAGGGGAAGCUGUAUGCCGUCGGGGGUUACGAUGGCGCUUCCAGGCAGUGCCUGAGCACCGUGGAGCAGUACAACCCGGCCACCAACGAGUGGACAUACGUGGCAGACAUGAGCACCCGACGCAGUGGCGCUGGGGUUGGGGUGCUCAGCGGACAGCUGUAUGCCACCGGGGGACAUGAUGGACCCUUGGUGAGGAAGAGUGUUGAGGUUUACGAUCCUGGGACCAACACCUGGAAGCAGGUGGCAGACAUGAACAUGUGCCGACGGAAUGCAGGGGUCUGUGCGGUGAACGGGUUCCUGUACGUGGUCGGAGGGGAUGACGGAUCGUGCAACCUGGCGUCAGUAGAGUACUACAACCCGGUCACUGACAAGUGGACGCUGCUGCCAACCAACAUGAGCACUGGGAGGAGCUAUGCAGGUGUUGCUGUGAUUCACAAGUCCUUGUGACCCGAACUCCCUGCCUGUGACUCACUCAGCAGUGAGCAGCUGGACCAUGACAACUGAUGAGAUUGACUGGGAGGUUCUGCCAUGGUUUGACAACCACCCGAGUUGUCUUGGCAGACCAGCCUCGACCCUCUCAGUGUGGACAUUGAUGACCCACCUUCUGCUCCCAGGUGCUUUGGUUUCUGCCCUAACAGUUGGGUUCCUGACAGCCCCAGCAGCACCCUUGGGAUUGUGUGUAUGUGUGUGUGUGUUUGUAUGUGUGUAUGUAUGAGUGUGUGUGCAUGUGUGUAAAACAUUUCAUUCAGUGGGGGCUGGGGCUGUGUGAGCAUCUACUAGAUUUCAUUACUACUGAUAUUUUUACUGUGCUAAACUCCUACACACAUCUUCUGGACUUGUCCUGUGGACACACUAGACUACUAAAGAUGCUGUCUUCUGGAGGUCCAGGCAGAACUAGCCAAAAGCACACUCCACCAUGUCUGGGACCAUGACUUGACUACUGUAGCCAUGUGGAACUUGGAGGUUUCUUCAGAGCUGCUCUAUAGCCUCCAUGUACCUCCAGGGUACCUGUGCCAUUGCCUCUUCCUUGGCUGCUCUCUAGGAGGCGGAUGAGAACUGUUUUGUCUUCACAUCUUUGCCUCUAGUCUUUGAUGUCAUGGAUUGAAGGUUUGGAAGAUUUUGUGUCUUUUCAGCAGGGAAAAUAAACUCAUCAGAUAAUUGCUAGGUCAAACACUGGAGAGAAAUAGACAGGAAAAGCAAGCAAGGAAGCAAGCUAUCAAGCAAGUGAGCAAGUAAGCAAGCAAGAGGGCAAGCAGUCGAUCAAGUGAGCAAGCAAGUGAGCAAGCAAGGAAGUGCUCAAGCAAGCAAGCAAGUCAUCAAGCAAGCUAGAUAGCAAGCAAGCAUUUAUGCAAGCAAGUACUCAAGCAUGCACACACUGCAAGCAAGUGAGCUAGCAAGCAAGCAAGCAAGCUAGCAAGUGCUCAUGCAAGCAAGCUAGCAAGCAAGCUAUCAAGAAAGCAAAUGAGUGAGUAAGCAAAUGAUCAAAUAAGCAAGCAAGCAAGCAUGGGAUGUAGCAAGCAAUUGAGCAAGCAAACAAACAAGCCAGCAAUCAAGCAAACUUGCAUGCCAGCAAAUGAACAAGUGAGAGAGCAAGCAAGAUAGCAAGUGAGCGAGCAAGCAAGCGCUCGAGCAAGCAAUCCAGCAAGUAAUCCAGCAAGCAGGUGAGCAAGCAUGUGAUAGAGCAGUCAAGCAAGUGAGCAAGAAAGCAAGCUAUCCAGCAACCAAGCAAGUGAUCAAGCUAUCAAGCAAGUGAGUGAGGAAGUAAUCAAGUGAGUGAGCAAGCAAGCAAUUAUGCAAUAAGGGAUCAAGCGAGCAAGCAAGUGAGCUAUCGCACAAACAAGCUAUCAAGCAAGCAAGCUAUUAAGCAAGCAAGCAGACAGACACUAAAACCAAAGUGGUAUGGAUGCUCUUUCCACCCACAGUGAUCUCAGAGAGGUACCCUGCCUUUGACUGUUCUCAGGGCACCUACCCUAUUUAUUAUGCUUUUUUAUAUAGGCUUAUUCAUGGUAUCAGCACUCAUGUGGAGGAUGAGUAAAAGGCCACUAAACCCAGAGAUAGGUUUGUCCCUGGGUUAGGAGGGGCCAUGCAUAACCCAGAGGGACAUGAAUGACUUCUAAGAAAUAUACUGGCUGGAUCUGGCCAUUUGUGAUGAUGGUCAGGGCUACUCAUAUCGUUAUAUCUUCCCUUUCUCAUGAUUCCCUCCUCUUUCCGGGUCCUCAUCCUUUCCCUGGCCUCCAAAAUACCCCAUUUUCCUUUCUUUUUUUUUCUUUGGGGAGGAGAUAGUAGUGGGCCCUUCCUCAAAGACAUUUGUAUUUAAAAAAACUGAAAGCAACGUUUUGCUCAGCCACAGAUCCAAAUUAUUAAGAAUGUAACUUCAGGUACCUGGUGUGGCAUUUGGAAGUUCGUGAAAGCACACACAUUAAGGGGUGAGGGUGGGAUGUUUGCUGCACAAGCAUGGAUUUGAUUUCUAGCACUGAUGUAAACAAACAAAACCAAAACCUCUCUGGGUAGAGCAGUUCGCAUCUGCUAUGUUAAAGCUGGGAAGGCUGAGGUUGGCAGAAACCUGGGCCUUUGGGGGGACAACCAGCCUAGGCUACUCAGCGGUCUCAGGCCUCAGGCACAGACUCAUAAAACAUGAGUCAGCAAAAAUGCUGGCUCCUGAGGACCAACGUUAAAGGUUGACCUCUGGUCUUUGUACAAAGAACUUCAAAGCCGAACUCUUCCUAAGCAAGGAAAUUGCUUGUACUGGCAUUUCUGCUGCAGGGGGGGCGGGGGCACUUUGUGCCCAGAGAACAGUCUCACAACCCAGGGUUGGAGUCUAUCCACCCCAUUCCCACCUCCGCAUCAGAGGCCACAUAGAGACCAAGGAACUUCGUAAAACCCUGACACAGAUAGCUUCUUUGAAGUACAUUCUGUAGGAGGUUGGCACCCCCUGCCUUCUGCAUUUGGAAACCCACCUUCUCCCCAGCUAGGCAGUACUUACUGAGUGAUUAAAGCACCCUCUUCCAUGAGGGCAAAUCAUUUGUAAUGUUAAGCAGAAUUAGGAACCGCCACAUCCAGAUAGCUCAUAGCCAUCGGAAGAAGCUAGAGUACCCAGGUUUGGGGGACCCAGAGGGAUGCAAGCGUUUCCUCAGCAGGUGCUCUGGCUCCAGCUGUGAGUGGGCAGAGCACUUGUGCUAGGAAGUAUGUAGAAUGCAUUCCUGAGGCCCUGCCCCCAUUUCCAGGCAAAUCUGGGGACUUGUUUGAGGUAUAGAGAGGUGAAGAUAAGUUUGGGGAUCAGAGUCUAGUGAGCUGUUUGCACAAGCACUCUAUUUUGGGUGAAAGGUAACCCCACCUCCUCCCCCACUCCCACCAAGAACCUAGACUUUUCUAUGUAGGGAUCACGAUGAGUCUCCCUUUGCAUCCUCUUCCCGGAGAGAAGCUGGCCAGCCACGGUUUCCGCUGGAGCUUUUGCUGUUGGCUGCACCUCAUGUCUCCCUCCUUGUGAAGCACCGCUUUGCAGGUGGAACCGCUGAGGGUCCACUCAUUUCACCCCUGUGCGUCCUGUCUCACGGGGCCUAGAACACUGGUAUGUCACCACCAAAAAGCCAAUCUGCCCUAGCUGCCCACAGAUGCCACCCCAGGACCUGUGCUGCUCCAUUCUCAGGUAGAAGUCUCCCCAUGGUGGAUACCUCAGACCUGCUUUCAAGGCUGUGCUAGUCACGCGGUGGGUGGUGACCCCACCCCCGCCCGUCACAGUGGCUGCCAUUGCUAGUGAAUACAGCCCUGUCAGGGGCACAUCUGAAAUCCGACUGCAGUGGCUACCCAAGGUUAGAAGCAGCAUAGACACCACUUGGAUGCUGAUUCGGACAACGUAGAAGUCAGCUUCUGAAUUCCAAAGUUAUUUCUUCUAAGUACCCAACAGCAUCUCCAUCUUAAAAAAACAAAACAAAACAAAACAAAAAAACAUGGCAGUAUUAUGCAAAUGAAGUGACCUCAUUCUUUUCUGCUAUGCAAUAAGAAUUCUGAAUUGUAUCUCACGACAAGCCAGUUGCAAUAUCCCCUCAGCUGCUUUCUUUUUUUUUUUUUUUUUUUGAGCUGUCCUACUUUGAUAUCUGUUGUGUAACGUUUGUAUAUUUCUGAGCUAGAUUCUUUCAAAGAUUACCUUUUUGUAAAAUUGAAGCUGUAGCUUUCAGGCUAAAGUUUUAAUGUAGAUAUUUUUAUAGAUAAUUUUUCAAGACAUUUGAAUCACUUUCUAUUGUCCAUGAUGAUGAAAUGCUGUUGUGUGUGUCGUUCAGCCUGACAGAGCUGCACACCUGUUGCUGUGCUGUUUUUCGUUUCUCACCUGUCUUAGAUCCUUCUGAGCUUCAGGCCCUUGGCCUUCUAGGGAGAGUGAUGAAUUCCAAGACACAAUCCCUGGGCUUUGUCUCUUAGUCACUAGGGACUAAUGUUAAGACUCGACUCAGCCCUUACCCAUGUCUAUCUCUCAUGCCUUUGUGUUUAUGAGUCUGUUCUCUGCAGGGCUGGGCUUGGGCCAGUCAUGUGGUAGUGGCUCUCAAUGCUCUGGCAAUGAGCUUGCCCCCAGCCCACUCUCCCUAGGUUGCCUGGGCCCUGCAGACCUUGUUCAUUCUCUACUGUCUCCUUUCUUUUAGAGGUUCCUAGCACUCAAGGCCUCUGAGGCUGGGCCAUGUCUCUUUGGGAAGCUGGCAUUCCAUGUACUUUGGAAGAGGGGUCACUGCGUCCCUCGAAGAGUGUGUUUAGCAGGCACUCACACAUUUUUUUUUUUCUUGAGCUGCCUCCACUCUGGUUUGUGUAUGUAUCUGUCUGCCACUGGCCUCUUGUUUCUGUUUUUAAAUCCUAAUUUAUUAUUUUUGGGACAGGCGCCAUUUAAGUUGCCCUCCAUGCUUCUUCCUGUUCGACCUGGCAGGAUCAAGUUGGGAGGCUGAACAAACUCAUUAAGUUGGACAGAGUAUCCAAGGCUUUGAUGCAUAGAAGCACAGGGGUCAGAAUGUUGUGUUGUAUCUUGUUUUUUUUUUGUGUGUAUGUGUGCGUUUGCAUGUUUGCACUACUUAGGCCCCUCAUGUUCAGCUGUACUGUUUAUCUACUGAGCAAGCAGGAAACCCAGCAGCACUUCCAGGAGAGGCCUCUCCAUAUGGGUAACCCAGCCGUACAGGCCUCACGUAGCGUUUACCGUGGGACUCAGACAGUCCUGGGUGUGGCGGCAGCCCAGGCAGGAAUGCGUGGGGCUGUGGCGUUGGCAGGAAUAAAUCGCUCCUGUGCUGUUCUUGCCUUUGGUUAUAAGAUUGUAAAUUAUUCCCCUCCCCUUUUUGGUGGUAAUAAAGGACCCUUGUUAGA